UCCAGAAAUCAUUUCGUAGUCAGGAUUUUUCACCAUUGGAAGUUUUGUUUGAAGGGCAGUAACGUAAGACUCCGUUUCUCCAGUGUGACAAACAAACCCUAUAUCAUCAAAUACCAUCACUUGCAAACUUUUGGUUGAGUAUCAUGUCUUCUGAGGGGGUGAUGCCAGCAGCUGAACCCAGGUUACACCGACUCUCCUCCUGGUUUGACCCUGAAACUGCUGCGGUGGUGACUAUCCUCCUGGGGCUGUUCCAGGUGCUGCUGUCUGUCCCACUUGCUUAUGCUGACCAAACUCUGCCAAAACUCUUCAUACUGCCACUUGUCCUAGGAAUUGUAAUUGUGGCAGGAGGAUCAUUCACCAUGGCCAAUGAGAGGAACCCCAGCAGACUACUGCUUCGAGGUUGUGCCUGCAGUAAUGUGGUUGGCCUGCUGGGGGCACUGCUUGCCUUCUGCCUCUACUGCUUCAGCCUCAGCAAAGAAGGCAGCAAAGAGCUGUGUGUACCUGUUAAUUCUGAAUUUGCUUUCCGACCUUCCUUUUAUGGGUGUCCUGGGGAAUUCCUGACGGCAUACUGCUGGAGUGUGACACUGCUGCUGCUGCUCUAUGACACUGGUGCUGUGGUCCUGCACUGCCUGCUGUCUGUCUCCGCUCUCAAAGCACUCAAAACGGACUAAUAUCACACUGUCUUUAAAGUAGUAAAUCCCUUUGUGAUCUCUAUUUUUUUUAAUUAUCUAUAUGUUUUAAACCCAAACCUAUCCUUUAAUUAUGGAGCUGGAGCCAGGAGGC